AUGUCUGCAUCAAACAACCAACAGAAGCGCAAGCGCAAUGCGGACGAUGAGACUAUGGAAGAGCUCAAUCGCUACAAGAACAAGCCACUCUCCCCCAACUCCAAGAGUGUUUAUUCAAAGCUUGUUUAUCGGGCACACCAGUACAGUGACGCUGGUUACGAUGAGGAACUGCGAGCCUUCACAAAGUUCUUCGUUGCAAAGCAGGACCAAAACAUCGAGGCCAACAAGACUUGUCAGGAGCUCAAUGACAAGGUGGCCGAGCUCAAUGGCACGGUGGCCGAUCUCAAUGGCACGGUGGCCGAGCUCAAUGGCACGGUGGCCAAGCUUGAAUCUGAUGGCAAAGAGAUGAAAGCCAGCCUCGACUCCGCCCUCGAGUCUAACCAGGAGGUCACAGAGGAGCUAAACGAAGCCAACCUUCGGGUCUCUGAAUAUGAAUUCAUGUUUAAAUACGGAGACUGGCUCAAGGGGGUCAUCGAUCAAAUCAAGGCCAAGGAACUCGACAUUCAGGCUAAGCAAACAAAUGAAAUUUGCAACAAAACCUUGAACGAUUUCAAAGGUCAACUCAAAGCCCUCAAAGCCGGUGGUGUUGUGCCAACUGCCGAGCAGCUAGAGGAACAUAAGGCCCAGAAAGAUGCAGCACAUAAGGUCGCAAAAAAAAUCGCUAAAUGGUCAUGCCUCAAGCCAACAGCCACAGAAGCCCUUAUGAUGAUCAACGGCGAAAUCGAUGCAGUCAAACAGUGGCUCCAGGACGGCGGGAAUGAAACAUCAGCCCCUGGCACGCCAUAUCUGGACCGCAUCGCUCAAGCAAGUGAGAAAGUCGGUACCACUCGGACAAUGAUUCUUCUUUGGGCAGAGCAGUACAGCAAACGCAACGAGAUCGCUCACCACCCCCCACCAGGAAUUUGCCAAUUCUGGAAGAAAGUCACAAAGGAUGGAGAAGAAGUCUACGCUGAAGUGCCAAACAAAGAGUUGAAUUACACCUGCAUCAACUGGAAGGAUAUGAGAGACAGCAUGGUGUCAGAGAAGUCCAAAAUCCAGGACUAUUUCACUGAGGGCAAAAUUUCUCAAGAUGUCCGAGACUGCUUUGUUUCUUUAGUCGACCAGUACUGGCAAUACUUCUGCAUCGGAGAAUCCGCAGACGGCAACUUGAUCCUCACACAAGACGCCAAAGACGCCGCAAAGAAAUCAACUCCUGAGUACAAUCCAUCUGUUCCACCCAAGGACUUCUUGAAAGAAUACAAGGAGGGCAAGUGGGAUGACAUCCAGUGA